AUGUGGCUGAAGCCCGAGGAGGUGCUGCUGAAGAACGCCCUCAAGCUGUGGGUCACGCAGAAGAGCAGCGGCUACUUCAUCCUGCAGCGGCGUCGGGGCCACGGAGACGGUGGCGGCCGCUUCACGGGUCGCUUGGUUGGUGCCCUGGACGCCGUGUUAGACUCCAAUGCCCGCGUUGCUCCAUUUCGAAUUUUACUCCAAGUUCCAGGCUCUCAGGUUUACUCUGCCAUUGCAUGUGGUGCCACUGCAGAGGAAAUAAACCAGCACUGGGAAUGGCUGGAACAAAACUUGCUCCAUACUUUGUCUGUGUUUGACAAUAAAGAAGAUAUUGUUAGUUUUGUCAAAGGGAAAGUCAAGGCACUGAUUGCAGAGGAAACGAGCAGCAAACUCGCUGAGCAGGAGGAGGACCCCGAGAAGUUCCGAGAAGCCCUGGUGAAAUUUGAAUCCAGAUUUAAUUUUCCUGAAGCAGAGAAGUUGAUCACCUAUUAUUCCUGUUGCUGUUGGAAAGGAAAAGUUCCUCGGCAAGGCUGGCUUUAUUUGAGCAUCAAUCAUCUCUGUUUUUAUUCCUUCUUCCUGGGCAAAGAAUUGAAACUUAUCAUCCCUUGGGUUGAGGUCCAGAAGCUGGAAAGAACCUCCAAUGUCUUCAUGACGGACACAGUCCGUGUCACCACAGCAAACAAGGAGCGCGACUUCUCCACCUUCCUCAAUAUCGCUGAGGCUUUCAGGAUCAUGGAGCAGCUGGCAGAUGUGACACUCCGAAGGCUACUGGAUAAUGAAAUCUUUGAACUGGAUCCAGGCCUGCAGGAUCCUACUCAGAUUACCAAGAGGGAUCUGGAAGCCAGAGCACAGAAUGAAUUCUUUCGGGCCUUCUUCAGAUUGCCCAGGAAGGAGAAGCUGCACGAGGUUGUGGACUGCUCUCUCUGGACGCCCUUCAGUCGCUGUCACACAGCAGGGACAAUGUAUACUUCAGACAGUUACAUCUGUUUUGCCAGUAAAGAAAAUGGCUGCUGCACUGUGAUCAUCCCACUUAGAGAGGUAAUCAGUAUAGAGAAGAUGGAGGACACAAGCCUUCUCCCUAAUCCCAUCAUUGUCAGCAUAAGGAGUAAGACAGCUUUUCAGUUCAUUGAGCUGAAGGACCGAGAUACUUUGGUGGAGAACCUGCUUCAGAGGUUCAAAGAGGUGAACUCCAGCAACACAUUGCACUGCAACAACUUGCAAAAUAACAAUCAGAACAGCCUUGCCUUUGGAUCCAUGUGCACGCUGGGGGAUGAUGAGCCUGCGUGUCUGGGAACAGAGGCUUCACACGGGAAAGAGAGAAGUGAAUGUGAAAAGGAGAACAAUUACUUGCUCAAUGCAGAAGCACUAAGGUCAGACUUUCAUCAGUCAGGAAUGCCAGGCCUUGAUUUUGGAAAGUCUAGGGAGCAAAUCAAAGAGAGCCUGUGGGAUGACCAUUUCGUGGAGUAUGGCAGAACCGUGUGCAUGUUUCGCACAGAGAAAAUCAGAAAACUUGUUGCUAUGGGAAUUCCCGAAUCCUUAAGAGGCAAACUCUGGCUGCUUUUCUCAGACGCGCAGACGGAUCUGGCCUCGCACCCUGGCUACUACGUGCACUUGGUGGAGGCCUCCAUGGGCAGGUGCUGCAUGGCCAGGGAGGAGAUCGAGCGCGACCUGCACCGCUCGCUGCCCGAGCACCCGGCCUUCCAGAGCGAGACCGGCAUCGCCGCCCUGCGGAGGGUGCUCACCGCCUACGCGCACAGGAACCCCAAAAUAGGAUACUGCCAGUCUAUGAACAUUUUGACCUCCGUGUUGCUGCUGUAUGCCAAAGAGGAAGAAGCCUUUUGGCUGCUGGUUGCUGUGUGUGAGCGGAUGCUGCCGGAUUACUUCAACCACCGAGUGAUAGGUGCUCAGGUAGACCAGUCAGUGUUUGAAGAGCUUAUAAAAGAGCAACUUCCAGAGCUGGCUGAACAUAUGAAGGAUCUGACAGCCCUAGCUUCCAUCUCUCUUUCCUGGUUCCUUACCCUUUUCCUCAGCAUCAUGCCCCUGGAAAGUGCUGUGAAUGUUGUGGACUGCUUCUUCUAUGAUGGCAUCAAAGCCAUUUUCCAGCUGGGCUUGGCCAUACUGGAAGCCAACGCCGUGGAUCUGUGUAACAGCAAGGAUGAUGGGCAGGCCCUGAUGAUCCUGAGCAGGUUUUUAGAGCAUGUCAAAAAUGAGGAAAGCCCUCUGCCACCUAUUGGUAAUCACCAUGCAUUCUUCAGUGACGACCAGGAACCCUCUCCAGUGACUGAAAUAGCAAACCUGAUUCAUGACUCCUAUGAGAAAUUUGGAGACCACUCUGUGGAGCAGAUAGAGCACAUGCGCUACAAACACCGCAUCCGUGUCCUGCAGAGCCACGAAGAUACCACCAAGCAGAACGUGCUCCGAGUUGUCAUCCCAGAUGUUUCAAUUCUUCCUGACGAUUUAGAGGAAUUGUAUGACUUGUUCAAGCGGGAGCACUUGCUCAGGUGCUACUGGGCCGGCGGCAGCGCGGUGCCGGAGCGGCACGACCCGAGCCGGCCGUACGCCGAGCAGUACCGCAUCGACGCCCAGCAGUUUGCCAGCCUGUUCCGCCUGCUCUCGCCCUGGACCUGCGGGGAGCACACCGAGCUGCUGGCCCACAGGACCUUCCGCCUGCUGGACGACAACAUGGACCAACUCAUCGAGUUCAAGGCGCUCGCCAGCUGCUUGGAUGUUAUGUAUAAUGGAGAAAUGAAUGAAAAGAUAAAGUUACUAUAUAAGCUGCAUAUCCCACCAGCUCUCACAGAAAAUGAACGAGACAGCCAGUCACCAUUAAAGAAUCCUUUGCUGUCAACAUCAAGACCACUGGUCAUUGGAAAAUCAAAUGGUGAUGCAGUAGAUUACCAAAAGCAACUGAAGCAGAUGCUGAAGGAUCUAGCCAAAGAAAAGGAUACUAAAACUGAAAAGGAAUUGCCAAAAAUGAGCCAGAAGGAGUUCAUUCAGUUCUGCAAAACGUUGUAUAGCAUGUUUCAUGAAGAUCCAGAGGAGAACGAUUUGUAUCAAGCCAUUGCCACUGUGACCACACUGUUACUUCAGAUUGGAGAGGUAGGACAGAGGAGCCUCAGCCUGGGGAGCGGCUCAGACGAGUUCAGCGAGGACUUGCAGCCCGAGGCCUCUGCUUCAGAGCAGGAUGCUGUUUUUACUGACACUGUGAAGAGUCCUCACAAAGACUCUCAGCCUUCACCUGUGACUGAAGGGGACUGGACUGUCUCUUUUGAACAUAUUUUAGCAUCCCUCUUGACUGAACAAUCAUUAGUUAACUUCUUUGAAAAACCCUUAGAACUGAAACCAAAGCUUGAGAAUGCAAAGCUAAAUCAGUACAGUCUCAGAACAAAUGGAAUGAGCUGCCAGUCACGGAGUGAACAUGCAAAACCAAACAUGCAGUAGCAGCAAAUAUAUCAAAAAUGAAAUGCACUGAAAUUAUGCCAAAGGACAUACUGUAAAAGGCUUGCAGUUGGCAGUGGACUUCUGGUAUCCAAUUUGUUGGUCUGUGGUUUUCAGUUUAAGAGCUUUAAAAGCUAAAAGGGUGUGUAGGUUUGUUUUGUGCCAUUGACUUACUAUGUUCUUGUUCUGAAUGUAAAAGGAAACAUCUGUCUACAGUGUGAAGAACUGAAGCCCUCUUCUGCAUUGGGAGAGCAGAGGCUGGCUCCAGUUCUUUCUUUUUUUAAGCAGGGAAAACACUCCUCAUCUGCUGUCCAGUUUCUUUCGGUUGCCUUUUUUUGCACUAAUACUGAAAACUGUUUCAAUGCUGGUAAUUGAAACUAUUUUAAUAUAUUUGAUUGUAUCCCAAUUUUUAUGUCUUGCUGAAAUGUUAAGUGUACAUGGACUGUGCUUCUGAUGUUCGUCUGUGAAAACAUGCACUUUUCAAUAAACCCUUUUUGUACAAAAGUGGCAUUGACAGUAUUUACUGGUUUAGGGAAGCUAAGUGCCUUUAGUCCCUACAGCUUUAAACAAAUCCCCUGGGGUAGCAUGAUCACAGUUAUUUCACUAAUCAAAACCCUGUUUCUGUGUUGUACACAGAGCUGCUUUGGGAGAAGCCUACUGAGUCUGCCUAAGAGGCCAGUGGGGCACAUCAUUCACAUGAGAUUACAUACAUGAAAUAUUGAUCUAGCAGUUUUGGUUGAGGUUUUCUUAUUUUGUUUUUAAACAAACUGAACUUAACUUAAAAUACCUGUGUAAAGGCUCUUUAAUACCCAGAACAAAACAAACCCACCACAACUCUGCCACCCACAAAGAACAUUUGAAUCUCCUCCUUAUUUCAUUCACAUGUAAGAGAAAUCUCAUGUAUCUUUAAGAAAAUUACACCUUUAUGUUCAAAUUCAAAGAAAGCAAGAUAUUUUAAAGACUGGUACCUGUUCAACUCAGUGCUUCAUGG